AUGUUGAGGCAAGACGUUUUUUUCGCAGAGCGAAAUUUUUCUGAGAAUUACUGUAUCGAAAAUAUGCCACCAUACGAAAGACUUCAGAAAGCGACAGAAAUGAACAGCUAUUCAUCUAAGAGGAAGAGAAUGGAUGAGCAGUGUUUGGCCACGGAAGCUGCCUCCAUUAUUUACAAGAGGCCAGAGAUGGGCUUCCUGACCACUCCCCUAACUUCCGGGACGCUUACGGAGGCUAACCAAGUGUUGAGUGUUGAACAGAUUCAGCAGUUCAUCAGUUCUACGGCCCUUGCCCGCCAUCGAACAAUUACAAAGCCUAGCAAUGUCUGCUGCCAAUCAGAAAGCAGGCCAACACUACAGAAUUUCCAAACUCAUGGCACCCAGGAGAUAAUUAGCCUGAGUAGGACUGCUACACAGAGAAUCAUUGUUCCUCAAAUUCAGGGCUCUUUGUCUCUACAGACAGUCACUCCUCAGGUCCCUCGCGAACAACCCCAGCAUUAUGCUCAAAGGGCCAUGUUCUAUGGACACACUCAGUCAACUCUCAACACAGAAUCAUACAACAGUAUUCAAAACGGACAAUUCAGACCAUAUGCAGUCAUUGCCUCCGACCGAAUCUGUCCUAAGAACAAGAAAAAUACCGAAAGACGACGGAAAAACAACAAAUCCAAGGCCAAGGAAGCCCCACAAGGAUCUUCGACAUCUCCUAAUGUCGACAAACAACAACAGUCGACAAACAUCGGUAUAGCCACCACAAACCACUUGACAGCUGGCGACCACUCACAGAAUUCGCCAACAAAUCAGCCGGAGCCAUGGAGUCUGGUCCCCCAACCCGUGCUUAUGCAUGUAAAGCCAAUGGAGGCCCAGACAAACCAAACCCUUUCCAGACUGAUGGCUCUCAGAGCAGCAGAAAGGGUUGGUGGAGUUAAUCACUUUGAAAACAGUGGCUACAAGAACGUUGUUGCAAAAAGAAAGCUAGAGACUGAGGAAAGUGACAGUGGUGGCAGAACAAAGAAAAAGAUGAGGGGUCAGAACCAUGGUCAUGCAACUGAACAACUAUCGACAAAACAGAAUGGUGGCAAGAAGACAGUCAAACGUAUCAUAAUUCCACCGAAAACCAGAAAAACCCAUGUGAGUCCCCCACCUUACGUGUCCAGAAUCAUGAGGAUCCUGGCCAGGGGAAAGCAAACACAAUCUGAUACCUUUGAUGAUAACGAACACACCAACGAAAAACUGACCCAAAAGGGAUCUGCUGAACUCAGGGCAGAAUCUACCUCAAAGGAAAUCAAACCAGAAGCGAUCACAUCACGAACUGUGGACAAUAAAAAGUUCUCGAAAGACUUGUCGUGUGACGCUCUUCUGAACACGGACAAUUUCUUUGGACCGGAAAUGUUUGUCACUUCCGGUGACCUGUGCUUGGAGGGUCCCUCCCUCUUCCUGUAAUCUCACGACCGAGUCUUAGUCAGGGCAAGGAUGACCAGUUUUUUAUUUGAGUGUAGAAACAUCAACAGAUACCUCACAGUCUUUCAUCAAGACUUUUUUAAUAUCUGUGAUCAUUUUUGUCAGACUUUCAUCUGAUGAAUCUUUAUUUUUUACUCACUUUUUAAAUCAUGUGCCAAAUGAAUCAGAUAUAUCAGGCAAGGGUUUUUGUUUCUUAAUUUUGUUUUAUUUGUC